AUGGCAACCGCCCGGCAACGGCGAGGCCAAUCAGCGGGCCGCAUCCCGCCCCCGGCAACCGCCCGGCAACGGCGAGGCCAAUCAGCGGCCCGGCAUCCCGCCCCCGGCAACCGCCCGGCAACGGCGAGGCCAAUCAGCGGGCCGGCAUCCCGCCCCCGGCAACCGCCCGGCAACGGCGAGGCCAAUCAGCGGCCGCUUUCCCUCCCACGGCAACCGCCCGGCAACGGCGAGGCCAAUCAGCCGCCCCGGCAUCCCGCCCAUGGCAACCGCACGGCAACGGCGCCGCCAAUCAGCGGCCCGGCAUCCCGCCCAUGGCAACCGCACGGCAACGGCGAGGCCAAUCAGCCGCCCCGGCAUCCCGCCCCCGGCAACCGCCCGGCAACGGCGAGGCCAAUCAGCGGCCACUCUCUCUCCCAUGGCAACGGCGAGGCCAAUCAGCGGCCCGGCAUCCCGCCCCCGGCAACCGCCCGGCAACGGCGCCGCCAAUCAGCCGCCCCGGCAUCCCGCCCCCGGCAACCGCGCGGCCAAUCAGCGACUACCUGUCAGACCCACGUAGCCAGUCAGCGUGCGGCCUGGCAAACGCACGGCCAAUCAGCGGCCGCUCUCCCGCCCCCGGCAACCGCACGGCGACGGGGCCGCCAAUCAGCAGCUGCCUGCCAGACCCACGUGGUUAGCCCGCGUGCGCUUGGCAACGGCGCGGCCGGCUCUCCCCCCCUCGGCAACCACCCAGCAACGGCGCGGCCAAUCAGCAGCUACCCGCCAGACCCACGUGGCCACAUCCACUCUGUCCCUGCCCGGGGGCAACGGGAGGCCAAGAUCGACAGCCACCAGGGUGAUAAUUCCCUGCCACCACCGCUCUGCCCGAUGGGGUGGUGUGUGGGCAAAGGCCCCGCAUAA